UUUCAUCAUGAGCUCUCCCUUCGACAUCAGUACGAAUCGCACCUUACUACCCUUUUUAUACCGAUCGUCAGCCAGCUAAUAUAUUUGCCGUAUAGAUGGCGGUGCCUGUGUCGCCAUGGUGGGCAAGGACUGCGUCGCAAUCGCCUGUGAUCUCCGGCUCGGCAUGCAAGCCCUGACGGUCUCCAACAACUUCCCUAAGAUCUUCAACUACGCACCGUCGACCUAUCUUGGCCUGACCGGCCUGGCCACCGAUGUCGCAACCGUGUCGGAUCUCUUACGCUACAAGGUCAACAUGUACCGGCUCCGCGAGGAGCGGAACAUCGCACCCCAGACGCUGGCCAACCUAGUCAGCUCGACACUGUACGAGAAGCGCUUCGGACCGUUCUUUGUCAGCCCCGUCCUAGGGGGGAUCAAUCAAACUACGGGAAAGCCUUUUAUUUGCGGCUUUGAUAGUAUAGGUUGCAUCGAUUUUGCCAAGGAUUUCAUCGUCAGCGGUACUGCGAGCGAGCAGCUUUUCGGUACCUGCGAGGGUCUAUGGGAGCCUGAUCUGAGCCCUGAAGACCUGUUCGAGACCAUUUCCCAAGCUCUUCUUAGCGCCGUGGACCGAGACGCCCUUUCUGGCUGGGGUGCCCAAGUGUACAUCAUAGAGAAGGACAAGGUGACCCAGCGGUUACUGAAGGGCAGGCAGGAUUAGAAAGUUCAUUAUCGAGAGGGUAGAAUCUUAAUGGGAAACUGGUUUUUUAUUACUUUUUCUCUUGUUUCUCCAAACCAGCCGAGAAUAGUCGGUGUGGCGUCAAGGGUCUCGCUUGAUCGUACAUGAUUCCGUGAUAUUUGACAGGGUAACACGCAGCUACUCAA